AUUAGAUUUGUUGGUGAAUAAAAGAAAUUCGCGGCUUUUUUUUUCUUUCUUUUUGAAAAUGAAAAAAUUUUUUAUUAAAAAUUUUUUAUACAAUAUUGUAUUUUUGGAAAUAAUUAUAUGUUGCUCUUAUGUUGUUGGUGAAUGUUACAAAACGGAAGCUGGCCAAAUUUUGGAACGGCUUCGAUACUUUAUGAAAAAUGAAAGCAUUGAAGCUUAUAUCGUGACUAUGAGUGAUGCACAUCAGAGUGAAUAUGUUAGUGAAGCAGAUAAAAGAAUAAAAUUUCUUACUAAUUUUACUGGAAGUGGCGGAGAGGCAGUUAUAACAGAGAACGAAGCUUUAUUGUGGACAGAUAGUCGUUAUUUUCAACAGAUUGAUAAUCAACUUGAACUUAGUUGUUGGAAACCUAUGAAAACAGGUCUUCCUGAUGUCCCGAAAAUACAAGAUUGGUUAAAUAUGAAUUUAUUAAAAAAUAAUUCUCGAAUUGGUUUUGAUUCUAAAUGUAUGGAAUGGAAUAAGUUUCAAACAUAUUCAAAUUCAUUAAGGGAAAAAGGUCAUCAUUUGGUUGCUAUAGAAAAUAAUUUAGUUGAUAAAGUGUGGGAAAAGAAACCAUCAGUUAAGAAAAAUGAAAUUUUCUCAUUACCUUUAAAAUUUUCAGGAAGGAAUAUCAGUGAAAAAGUGGACCAAGUUCGGGCUAAACUUAUCGAAAAGGAUGCUGAUUUUAUUGUAAUACCAACGUUGGAUAAUAUCGCAUGGUUAUUAAAUUUAAGAGGUUCCGACAUUCAAUAUAAUCCUGUAUUCUUUUCAUAUAUUGUAUUGUCAAGGAAUGAAUUAUAUUUAUUCAUUGAUGAGGAAAGAAUUACGCCUUCCAUAUAUGAACAUUUUGAUUCUCAUGGAAUAACUAUUGAGUUAAGAAAAUAUGAAAGUGUAUUUGAUGAAAUUUCUAGGAUGGUAAAUGAAACAAAUGAUAAAAUUUAUGUAGAAUCACCAGCUAGUCAUGCAAUUGUUGAAUUAAUACCAGAAGGAAGACUUCAUAUAAGUGAUUUAGUAGCAAGUAUUAAAUGUAUUAAAAAUGAUAUAGAAGCUAAUGGUAUGAAUGAAGCUCAUAUACGAGAUGCUUAUGCAUUAGUUCGUUAUAUGCAUUGGUUAAAUGAAACAAUUGAUAAAGAGAAUAUAACAGAAUUUGUAGGUGCUGAAAAAUUAACGAAAUUUAGAAGUGAACUAGACAAUUAUAUUGGUUUAAGUUUUUCGGUUAUAAGUUCUGUUGGAUCAAAUGCAGCUAUGCCACAUUAUAGUCCAGAAGAAGAUACUGCAAAACAAAUAACUCGUAAUGAAAUUUAUUUAUUGGAUUCAGGUGGUCAAUAUUGGGAUGGUACAACGGAUGUGACAAGAACCAUGCAUUUUGGCACACCAACUGAUUUUGAAAUGGAAUGUUUUACGAGAGUUCUUAAAGGAUUUAUUGCUUUGGCAACAUCAGUUUUCCCAUCAACAACAUCGCUCAAUUAUUUCGAUUAUGUUGCUAGAAGACCUCUAUGGCAAGCUGGCUUGGAUUAUGGUCACGGUACUGGACAUGGAGUUGGAGCAUUUCUUUAUGUGCAUGAAUAUCCGCCAUCCAUCCAUAAAUAUAGCAAUUCACUGGCAGAAGUGAAUAUGUUCACAUCUAAUGAACCUGGACUUUAUCUAGAUGGCCAAUUUGGAAUAAGAAUUGAAGAUGUUAUUCAAGUUGUUAAAUCCGAUAUGGAUAAUGCUUUCUCUGGUAAAGGUGCUUUAACAUUUAAGUCAAUUACUUAUGCACCACUUCAGACAAAAAUGAUUAAAACAUCCUUAUUGAAUAAGGAGGAGGCAAAAUUUGUAAAUGACUUCAAUCGUAGAGUCAUUGAUACUAUUGGACCUAUGUUACUUAAAGCAAAUUUAACUGCAACUUAUAAAUGGUUAUUGCAAGAUACAAUUCCAAUUAUUGCCACCGGAUAAAAGGACUAAAAAGAAAAUAAAGAAAAAUUUAUUAAUUUUAUUAUGUCUUGUGUAUUAAUUUGUAUUUGUUAGCAAAGAAAAUAUUGAAAAGAAAUUAAAGAUGUUUUUGACAUGUUUUUGAU